AUGUCAAAAGUUGAGAUGCUGAGAUUCUGUGAAGUGCUUAAGUCAGUGAAGUCACCAGAUGGUUACUGCUCUAAUAUUUCAAAUAAUAUCCAAGUGAAAGAGCGAAAACUUUUAGGACUUAAAACUCAUGAUUAUCAUAUCCUUCUUCACCAAUUGCUUCCGCUAGCACUUCGUAACAACAUGGCCGAUGAAGAAGUAGCAAAAGUUAUAAUCGAAUUCUGUGGAUUUUUUAAAAAGUUAUGCUCAAAAGUUAUCAAUAUUGAUGAAUUUAAGGCACUAAAAGGAGAAAUGAAUGAAACCCUCUGCAAAAUGGAGAUAUUCUUCCCUCCAUCAUUUUUUACGGUCAUGGUCCAUCUCACACAUCAUCUUGUAGAUGAGGCAUUACUCAGAGGACCAGUUAACUAUCAUUGGAUGUAUCCUAUGGAGAGAUAUUUGGGUUUCUUGAAAUGCAUAAUGCGAAAUCAGGCUCAUCCUGAAGGAUCGAUUGCUGAUCAUUACGUGGCAAAUGAAUGUAUGAUGUUCACCUCUCAAUAUAUACAUGGUGUACAUACAAAAAAUAAGGAGAUAAAUAGUAAUAGAGAUGGCACCUUUCAUGGAAGUACCAAGAUGAACAAAGACUAUUCCAGAAUUGACUUGAAUCAGGCUCAUGCCUUCUUAUUGCAGAACCUGGAAAUCUUUGAAGAUUAUCGCAAACGACAUUUGGAGGAGUUACAUUUAGAAAUUACUGGUGCGUCCGCACGAAAUCAAAUUGCUAAAAUUCAUGAAAAACAUUUUACCGAGUGGGUCAUAGCUGAAGUAGAAAGACAAAGAUUUGCAGGUUUGCCAGUGCCAGAAGAGAUAAGUAUUCACUCACAUGGACCGCACUACACAGUUAAACAAUGCAGCGGAUAUCGUGUAAAUGGGUGUUUAUUUCAACGGGUUGGGCUUGAGGAGGAGAGAGUUACUCAAAAUAGUGGGGUCAUGGCUGCAUUUUCUCAAGAAUGUUAUUCAAGCUCAACUGAUCAAAAUCCGGUGCUUGGUGAUAUAAUUUAUUACGGACAAUUAGAAGAUAUUGUGGAGAUAUUCUAUGCGUACGGUACCAAAAAUGUACGUAGUUAUGUGAUGUUUAAGGUUCGUUGGUGUCAUGCAGACAGUAUUAGGGAUGCAUAUGGUUUUCAUCUUGUAAAUCUAGAUAAGGAGAUAUAUCCCGAUAUGAAGUUUAUGUUUGCAAAUCAGGCUACUCAGUGCUUUUACGUCAAAGAUCCUAAGCACCCGAAUGUCUGGGUCGUAUUGUAUAAGGAGCCGAGGACUCUUGUUCAGCUUGCUCUUGAUGAAAACUCGGAUGAUACUGAUGACCCAAAUGAGGAUCAUCCUCACGACCAUCUCGGAGUCAGUUAUCUCUACAUGGAUCUUCACCAAUUGAAGACAAUGCUUGCGAUGGAUCUGGUGAUGAUGAGAUCGAGCACGAGAGGAUGUCUGUAUCUUCUCAGUCAGAGAUGGCAUGUCUCCGCCCAUGGACUCCGUCAGUAUCUCGCAUCCCUCUACCAGAAAAAGCUAUUGAAUUACAAAAAAAAAUGUGAUAUGAACUACAAAUUGAAGAGAGAUGAUAUUAAAAGAAAGGAGCGUGCCAUAAAACAGAGACUAGAUAAAGCUAUGUCAGAUCUAAUGAGGGAAAAAGGCCAAAAAGAUUAUGAGAAACCCGGUAGGCAUGGGAGUGAGGAAAAGACGAAAGUACCUCCGAAAGGGUAUCGGGGCAUUUUGGAGUGGAAGGACAACAUUCAUGUUAGGGAUUGGGCUGUCAGAUUUAAUAACUUGAUUGGCUGUUUAAUAAGAGAUCCACGCUCCAUUAAUAUUGCUCAUAAUUUUGAGGAGCAAGAAUUUAAAUGCAUAAAAAAGAUUUGGGAGAAGCUCAUGGAUCAUUAUUGUCUUGAAGACAACCCAGAGUCUUGGGAUUAUGUUAUCCCGAAAAUGGCCAAGCUUAUUCGGGGUUGGAAGAGUGAUCUAAAGAAAAGAUAUUUCACAAAUUUAUCUACUGAUUGGAAGAGGAUCUAUGAGCUUGAUAAGAGAGUUCCUCCAUUUAAUUGGAUGACUCUCAUUAUCGAGUGGGAGGGUGAGAAGAAGAAAAUAUGUGAAACGGCAUCGGCGAAUCGUAGAUCAAAGCUAUACGAUCACUUUUUAGGAGCUACUUCUUAUGCUCAGAUCGAGCAUAAGUAUUUGAGCGAAAACCCGGACGCUUUGACUAUGCCCCCGACUCUUCUGGCUAAAAGAGCUUAUACACCACCCCAGGGCUAUGAAAAUGUAGAUGGAAAUGACAAAAAGGUGGAGAAAAUUAAUGAAUUGAACGCGGCGCUGGAAGCUUCUCAAAACGAUGUCUUCACCCGUGUCACGCAGUCUCGAAGUACAGAGGACACUCCUGUAGAGCCUAACCGCAUGACCAGAGACGAGUGGAUGGAAGUUGUCGACGGAGCUUACGGUUUACACUCAAGAAAGAAAGGAAGAGUGCCUCUGUCAAGUACUAGAGUUAAGACACUCACCACCACCAAUAAGCCUAGCAGCCAAUCUGUGACAUCGACGCGACACGGAGACACGUCAUAUGUCGUGGGUAAGAUUGGAAAAUACUUGAUGAAGAAUGUUGAAAUUCCAUUGGCUUUAAGUUUUCUUCCCACUAUUAAGCACGAGUUAAGUGGUGCACAAACGACUUGGGAUGUCGUUCAGCGACUCAUCGAUUCUCAACCUGUAAAGGACUUGCUUCCGCAGUCUAUAUACACGGAUAUUAUGGUGUUGGCAUUUGAUGAGCAUGCAGCUGCAAGUGGUGGAGAGGGUAGAGGAGGUACCGUCGUAGGAAGCAGCAGUACGGUACGGCAUUCUGAUGCAGCCGCCACCGAUGAUAGGGAUCACGACGAUAGGGACCACGACUAUGAUGAGUGAGUGAUGUGUUAGACUUUUUGGUAACUUUUGUGGACUUUUGGAUUGUGUUAAACAUAUUAUGACCUCCUGAUUAUGUAGACUUUUGGAUUGUGUUGAACAUAUUAUGACCUCCUGAUUAUGUAUAUAUGUGAAUUGUUAAAUGUUAAUAUUGUUGGAUGUGAAUCGAUGAAUGUAAAUGUUAGUAUUGUUGGAUGUGAA